UGACCGACAGAAUCCGAGAGGAAAUGAACUCCCUCCGCGCCGAGGCGGACAAUGCAAUCGCGCGCGCCGAGGAAGCAGAAGCGAAGAACAAGAAGUACGAACAGCUCCUGCUCGAGAAGGACCAAGAAAUCACGUCUCUCCAGCACCGGCUGGGCGUGCUGGACGCUGAGAUCGAGAAGGCCGAGGGCAAGGUUGCUGACCUCAAGGUUUCCAAGGAGCUCGGUGACCAGUCCAAGACAGAGAGCGAGGGGCUGUUAAGGAAGGUGCAGCUGUUGGAGGACGAGCUUGAUGCUGCGGAGAAGAACCUUAAGGAGACUGUCGAGAAGUUGAGACAAGUCGAUGUUAAAGCAGAACAUUUCGAGAAGCAAGUACAUCGCGCCGAGCAAGAGCGCGAUAAUAUGGAGAAGAAAUACGAGGAAACGCUCGAGAAGUACAAAAAGUCGCAAGCGGACUUGGAGGACCUCGAGAAGAGCAUGCAGGAUCUCUAAU